AAAAUGUUUAUUCUUCCAACUCAGACAUGAUCUACCCUAAUAGAUCUACCGCACUGAUCUUCCUAAAUAUUAUAUUUUUCAUUUGGACCGAUUCGAUAGUUCAUAGUGUCGAGCCAUGUUCUGCAAUGGGCAAUUCCACAGCAACCGUAGUGGCGGAGACCGCCAGUCUAGUAACAAAAAAUCUCUCCACGGACAAUUUAGAGAAGAAAAAGAGUGAGGCCUCCUCUGAUUCUCAACCUAAACUAUUAAGGGAAGGAAAACACUAUAUGUGUCGGAAUCUGCAGAAUUCUCUAAUUGAAUAUGCAAGAAGUACUAAGAAAAUGAUACGGAACAUGAUGGAUGAUCACCAAUCUUCUCUAGAUUAUCUCUCCAAUCAGAUUAAUGAACUUAUGAGCCGAGUUAUGCAAUUAAAUGCAGACAUGUCCAGAAAACCAAUUGAUGUAUUUCCCCAUCGAGCAGUCCAGUCUCAUGGUUUAGAUUGCAGUGAUAUUAAAGAUACCAUUGGCUCGGUUACAAAAACUCCAAGCGGUUUAUAUAUAAUCCAUCCAGAAGGAGCAAGUUAUCCCUUUGAGGUUUUGUGUGAAAUGGACUUUAGAGGAGGGGGAUGGACAGUGAUUCAGAAGAGAACCGAAGGAACAGUUGACUUUCAAAGGACAUGGUCUGAAUAUUUGGAUGGAUUUGGCGACCUUUCAGGGGAAUUUUGGCUCGGCCUCCGAAAGAUUUUCCACAUAGCAAAUCAGAAAGCCACCAGUUUCAUGCUUUACAUAGACUUGGAGUCUGAAGAUGACAUGUAUGCGUACGCAUCGUAUGAUAGCUUUUGGCUAGAGGAUGAAGCGUGCUCCUUCAAAAUACAUCUAGGGCGUUAUUCUGGAAAUGCUGGUGAUGCAUUUCGGGGCUAUAGAAAAGAAGAUAACCAGGAUACAUUACCAUUCAGUACCUUUGAUGUGGAUAACGAUGGUUGCUAUCCAGCCUGCUCUCUCCAAGAGCCACCUAUCAAGAGCUGCAGUAACUUUAGUGAGAACACGGGCUGGUGGUUUAACCAAUGUGGUCUUGCAAAUCUUAAUGGCGUCCACCGGUUCACAAGGAAGAUGCUGGUAUCGGGUAUCCAGUGGGACACCUGGAAGGUUGAUAACAAGCCAGUUAAAAUUAAGUCUGUGUCAAUGAAGAUCAGAAGAACAUACUACAGAUAACAGGAUAACGUCAUUAACUUCCAGAAAUUAGUCUGUCUAAUAGCACUUCUCAGUCUAAUAUGCAUAACAUUUUAGUGUAACAAUUUAUUGAAAGAUUGGAGGCUCUUUGCACACUGCAUUACUUUGCACCCUUCAGGACAAUGGAACUACAUUUCCAGCAUAAAUGCAUUUGUGAUAUUUUACUGCACCGCUGAAUGCAUCAAUGACUCACUGUAUUAGCAUGCCAUUACUGGAUUGGAAAGCUAUGAACACGAUAAUUCCAACUCCACUCCUUUGCUCGUGCUGAUCAUCUCUUCUUUAGAAUGGUCAGCAGAAUUGCAGACCUGUAAAUUGAAAAUAUCAGAGUUACUUUAAGAAAAAGGAUAUGAAAGCAACAUAAUUGCACAAGCAAUUGUAGUAAAUCAGUGAAGGUAGUAAACAAUAGGGCCAGAUGAGAUAUGCUUUUUAUUGUUUAGUGAAUGAUGAAAAUGGGGGAAUAAUCCUCAACAUGGCUAAAUAUCUGACUGUGCAAAGAUAACAUUCAGAUUGUGCUUAAAACUUUUUUUUAGAGAAAAGAGAAGAAUAUAGGUAGCCCUCCUUUAGCAAUUGUUCGCAGUUAGGACAGAGAUGAACAAGUUUGGGGCUGACCCUUGCAUUGAUGGCUUUUGCAAGUCUGUAAAGCAAAGGAAAGUUGAAGUAAGGUCAGAAGUACAGUUGGGGGUUCACCUAGUGAUCACUUUGCUUAACAAACAAGUUGCUGGUCCCAGCUGGAGUCAUUAAAUGAAGACAACCCGCCCUGAGCAAAAGACCUUUUAUCUUAUCUGAGGCUGGUUAUUUGCAAAACAUAGCUUCUUUGCAGUAACAUGUUCUGCUUACAUCGUUAAUAUCUGGAAUGUGUUCUGUUCUCUUUAACAAAUGCUUUCUUACAGCCUUUUAAAAUAAAUACUAUCACUUAUAAUUUCUAUCCUGUGGCAUUAUUAAGAGAAAAAAAGCACAGCUGUGAUGAUAAUACAAUCCUACUGUUAACAAUUCAUGACUUAUUGAAAUUAUUGAGUAUGUACACCACACUCUACCAUAAUGUAACUACAAGGACUGGAUUCAUGCAACAUACCUGGCUUCCAGGUGGAAUGAGGAAUGGGUAUAAAAAUGUCUAUCCGCUUUCUAAUAUGCUGUUUGGAAUUUUUCAACCUCUUGCAGAGAUGAGGUAAGAACUCUCAGAAUUCCCCAAAACCAUGGCCUGGAAUCCUGGAGUUCUUUUAUUAGAAUAUUUGGAGAGAUCAUGUUAGGGGCAGUUAUAACAUAAUGGACAUUUUUUUUUAUUUCCCUAUUUGGUCCCCAUGCUAACUUUUAAUUUUAAUGAAAGCUAUUAUUUAAAAUAAUUCUUAGUAUUACUGAGCAGCUGAGAAAAAGAUGUUUUCUGCAUUAAGUCGGGGAAUCAUACAGCCAGACUCUAACUGACGUGGCAGUAGAUGCAGACUGCUUUAAACAGCUGGACAGAACUGAGCAAUGUAAUCCAAGAAGUUUGCUUUUUCUCUGAAAAGCUUAUGGUCUGGAUUGCAUAGCCUCUGAAAUGAACUUAGAUGGCAAGCCUUUUAGUGUCUCUCUCUCUCUCUCUCUUUCUAAAUGAAGUUAGCUGAAUGGUCGGUAAAG